CAAGAGACCAUGCCAGAAGAGCUUAUGCUCGGAAAGGUAUUUUCGGAUGCUAUGGGGCCUUCCAAGGUGAUUCCUUACUACUUCAAAGCCGAAGAGACGAACAUUGAUAGCGAAGAAGUCACUAUUGCCACUCUUGUGACCCAAAAUCGUUUCAAAGUGCUGGGAAGAUUGGCUUCACACUACAAAGGCCCUGUUUCUGUGGCGAUUCAUGUGAAUGACGACGAUUCUAAGCAAGAGAUAUUGAGUGAGCUUCAUAAGCUCUAUGAAGAAAACGAAGAUAUGCGAAGAUAUGUGGAUUUACACUUGGUGGUUGAUAAGUUUGACAGACAGUUCAACAUGUGGCGUAAUGUAGCCAAGUUUUUUGCACGGACCGACUACAUCAUGAUGUUGGAUGUUGAUUUCCAUUUGUGUACCGAUUUCCGCAAGGCUCUGAAACGCGAACCAAAGUUAAUGGAAGAGCUCCGGAGUGGCCGAGGUGCUAUUGUGGUACCUGCGUUUGAGUUUAUCGAAGAGAAGGAUGGCGAAGAUUGGCGGAAAUUCCCGACCACAAAAGAGGAACUUGUUGAUAUUGUUGCAACAGAUAAGAUUGACAUGUUUCAUCGGUCAUGGAAACGUGGGCAUGGGUCUACAGAUUACCCACGCUGGUACGAGUCCACAACACCUUACAAAGUUACAGACUAUAAUUACUCGUAUGAGCCCUAUGUGAUUUUCAAGAAGGAAGGAACCCCUUGGUGUGAUGAGAGAUUCGUUGGUUAUGGAGCAAACAAGGCUGCAUGCCUGUAUGAAAUUUAUCUUUCUGGAAUUGACUACUGGGUCCUUCCCGGAGACUUUUUGAUUCACCAGACUCAUCAUUACAUGGAGGAGACCAGAGCAAAAGAGCGUAAAUAUAACAAGAAGCUGUAUGACUACUACCGGGAAGAAGUCUGCCUUCGAUAUUCGCGUAUAAUGAUUGCAGCCGGACAGUGGGACAUGCCUGCAGCCGAGAACGUUCGACGCGAAUGUGCUAAAAUCAAGGGGUUCAACGACGUUAUUUCAAAAGUACACAACUAA